GUUGUGCAUAUAUAAAAGUGCAAGUAUGGAUAAACAAAAAAAUGUUUACAACAAAUGUCGAACGUGUUUAAACAAAAAUAAGGGUAUGCAUUCACUGGAAAAAAUGGCCAUUGAGGAUUCAACAAGAAAAAUAUCCUACGCUCAGCUGCUUAGAGAAAUAACAAAUAUUAAUUUAGAGGACGAUAGAAGUUUCGAAAUGCCUCAAUUUAUAUGCGCCUGCUGCUCGCGUAAAUUAAAAUCUUCCCAUGCGUUUAUCACACAAGCUAGGGAAUCCAAUGACAAACUGCUGGCCAUGAUUACCGCAGAAAUACCGCCUGAUAAACCUCCUCCUUUGGAUUGUUUACAAGAAUCUCAGAUAGACAUAGAAACAUGUCUAGAGAUUAAAAUGGAAAGUGGCGAUGAGAAUGAAGAAAAGGCAAAUAAGCAAGUGAAUUUGGAAAAAGAUAAGCCAAUGGAUUUAGAGGACAAAAGUAUGGAAGACAAAAUAGCCUUAGAAACUGAAAAAGCAAGUGACAAAGAUACAAAGGAAACAUUGGAGGAAGCUUUAGAUGAAUUACCGUUGACACCUGAUAAUGAUUUUGAAUUCGAUUCAAAUUCAUCCAAGAGGGAUGCUGAUUUCUCUGAUGGUAGUGGCGGUGAAUCGGAUAAUGAGGAUUUUACUACCACCGACCCAAGUUGGCAAACAGAAAACGAAGCAUCUACACACAAAGGCAAUCGUGGGGAAAGAAAGAGAAAUUCUUCCAAAGACGACUCUUCUACAGACUUGGCAAUUGCUGUUCCUUGUUUGAAAUGCAAUAAAAUUUUUAAAAAUUCCAAAGUACUAUCACGACACCUGCGUAAUACCCAUGUACCGGAAGAACAAAAAUGUACUUGCCCCUUGUGUGGAGUCAAAUUUACCAGAACUUGUAAUAUGUUCAAACACAUGCGUACUCAGCACGAUCCAGAUACAGUCAAAACUUUGCUUCCAGCCAGUGAAAAAAUGCAUCAAUGCGACAAGUGUCCACAGAAAUAUACCAAGAAGAAACAUUUAAAUAAUCACAUAAAAGCUAAACACGCUAAUGAAUCGGAAACUGGUGAAAAAACAAGUGAAGAUUCCAAAGCCAAGGCUGAAGAUCGCUCCUUAUGUUCAAUAUGCGGCUGUUCAUUUUCCAAGAAAGCCUAUCUUAUUGUUCAUAUGAGACGACACACUGGCGAAAGACCAUUUAAAUGUGAUUUAUGUGACAGAGCAUUUCCUCAUAAUUCGGAGUUGAAAUGUCACCGGCGCAUUCACACCGGAGAAAAACCAUAUAAAUGUAAGCUAUGCGAAAAAGCAUUCCGCGUUUAUAAAAAGUUGGCCACUCAUAUGCGAUCGCAUACCGACGAGCGGCCGUACAAGUGCAAUCAAUGUGAAAGGAGUUUCAAAUAUUCCAAGGAUUUGAAUAUUCACCAUAGAAUACAUACGGGCGAGAGACCGUAUUGCUGCACUGUCUGUGGCAGCACUUUCACACAGAGUAACUCAUUGAAGGCUCAUCGCAUGAAACUGGGCCAUAUGGAAGAUAAUGCACAAGCAGCUGCAGCACCGCCACAACCACCACCACACCCACCAACAGCAACGCAUUUAUUAACUUAAUUUUUAAUUAUUUAUACAUUUGUAUGUAUAUGGUUUUUAGAAAGACAGGACAAGGCUUGAUUAAAGAAACAUGACCAAACAUUGUCCCUUACAUA